AUGCCUGUAGCACCAGUCGACGAUAAAGAGACCCAGCUUUACUAUGAGGAUUCUGGGGCACCUCCAGGGUCGGAACCAUACAUAACGCUUGUGCUGGUUCAUGGAUUGAUCUUUCACGGAGGUAUCUUCAAACCCAUGUUCCAGUAUGCCCCCGAACAUAAUAUGCGCCUGGUCGCGAUAAACUUGCGUGACUAUCCAGGCUCCACGCCCUUCUCACCAUCAGAACUCGAUGCAUUGCGCUCUGACAAAGCAGACCAAGCAACAUUCAUCAGUGACCGAGGGAUGGAAUUGGCCAGGUUCCUGGAAUGGUUCAUUCUGGAGCAUGAUCUACCUCCCAAGGCUUUGUCGCACAAGUCCGAGGCGGCUGGGGGUUUAUCGAUACUCGGGUGGUCGUUGGGGAACUGCCCCAUCAUGUCUAUGCUUGCAUCCGCUCAUGCGCUUCCGGAAGCGACCCGGAAACUGCUAGACAUGCAUCUGCGAUCCUUCAUUGUCUACGAUCCGCCGCUGUACACGUUUGGAAUCUCUGAUGUGUACGACGAUUUGUAUAUUCCAACCCGUGAUAAGUCUAUUCCCCCGGAAGGUGCAGCGGAAGCAUUCUCCUUCUGGGUGUCUGGCUAUUACCGCCACACCCCCACCGUGCUGUCUUCGUUCAAUUCCCUCACCCGCGAGGAAAUUCUCGCCGGUAUCAACAAUUCACCGAUAGACGAUUCGCCCAAGUACCAACCUACGCUAAAGACCAUGUCUCCCGUUGAGAUCGCUGCCGUUACAGACUGGGCAGGUGCCCAACGGUCUCACGUAGCGAUGCUGGAUGUCGACAGUACCGUAUACCAGGAGAACGCACAGCGUGCUCUACUCGACAAAACUGUUUGGCCUGGGCUACGCGUCGUGCUUGUCUGGUGUACGAUGUCCGUGGGCGCGACAGUUUACGGUUCAUGGGAUCUGGCGAGGAGGGUUCGUCAUGCAUGGCCCCCUGGCGCUCGUGAGGUCGAUGUGAAGAGGCUAGAUGGUGUGAACCACUUCCUCAGAGUUUUCAACAUACAUACCAUCAGCACACUACAAUACCUUAAGAGCCCUAAUCACAUCCCAGACGAUAGGACGGCUCGUGUGCUCGAGAAAUGCGAAGUGCCGCUCCAGGAACAGAGGAGGCGUAGUGACAAACCUUCGUCGUAUCGUGUGCUUGAGAAGACCAAGAUCGGUGUCUUGCUGCCACAAUACAGCUAA